AUGGAUAACCUCACUUUGAAUGUCACUUUCAGCUUGGUCUUGGAGAGCUUUGCAAUACCUCCUGAAGGAGUCUAUCCAGCUUUUAUUUUUGGAAUGCUAAGCUACUGCAUCAUUCUCAUCUGUAAUCUAGCUAUUCUUCUCACAGUUGCUCUGGAGAAACAUCUUCAUGAACCCAUGUAUUUGCUACUCAUUAAUCUACCCAUCAAUGAUCUCAUUGGGGCAACUGCCUUCCUUCCUCAGUUAAUGAAAGAAAUUUUACUUGAUACCAGAACAAUAAGUUACCCAGCCUGUGUCACCCAGGCCUUCUUCAUACACAUUUAUGGAGGUGGCUCUUCACUUAUUCUGACAGCAAUGGCUUAUGAUAGGUAUGUAGCAAUAUGUUGCCCUUUAAGGUACAAUGCAAUUAUGACAAAUACAUAUGUAAAGAAAAUUAUUACACUGAUUUGGAUUACAGAUUUGAUAUUGAUGGUGGUGCUUUUUUCUCUUCUUCUGAGGCUGCCUCGAUGCCAGUCCAUGAUAUCAGGCACUUAUUGUGACAACCCAUCUCUGCUAAGAUUGGUUUGUGCAGACAUUACCAUCAAUAAUAUUUAUGGGCUGUUUAUGACAGCUUUGAUGCAAUUGGUGUCUGUUGGAACAAUCACCUAUACUUACCUUCAGAUACUUUUGACUUGUCUAAAGAACAAGCAUUCUGAUGCAAAGAGCAAAGCUAUUCAGACUUGCGCUACUCACUUGGUUGUCUUUCUCAUGUUAGAAGUUUCAGGUCUUUUUACGAUACUUUCAUAUCGUUUUGAGAGGGCUUCACCAUUUUUAAGAAAAAUGUUUGGGGCCUCUACAUUAAUAUUUCCACCAAUAAUGAACCCGAUUAUAUAUGGACUUAAGACAAAGGAAAUCAGGAGUAAGAUAAUAUCGUAUUUCGAUCACAAGAUUGUGCCCUUCUAG